AUGCCAAUACCCAGAUCGUUUAUAUUUGAACCUGAGUUGGAACAGCUACUAAAAAGAGACGAAAACGGCUGUGUCUCUUGUCCAAGCUCAGCAGGAAGUUGUCCUUCCUGUCCAUCGGGACAACAAUGUCAAUUAUCGUCACGUACAUGUAAUUCUUGUCCCAAAUAUUAUUGUGCUAGUGUUUCGUCAAAAAAAGGUUCCCCCAUAGGUGGCAUCGUUGGUGGGGUUAUUGGAGGAGUGGCAUUUUUGGCACUUGUUGGUGCUGUCUUGUAUUAUUUUCUUAUAUACAGAAAGAAGCAUCCACUUAUAUUAGAUGAAGACUUUGAGAAUUACGAAGAUGAUGAAGACUUUUUGGAGGAUGAAACAAGCGGAUACGCACUGAGCAAAUUAACUUCGAACAACGGGAACGGACUAGAUGUCUCGUCUCCAGGAUACGAUAGCUCCAGUGGUAAUGUGGUUUCCCCAGUUAGCGCUAGCAAUGUCAAUACUACUAAUGGCAGCAGUAGUAAUGGACCUAACACUACAGUCAGUCUGACUUCAGUUGGAAACACCUCAGUAGAGAGAGCAGCAGGACCAGGAGUUGGAAGUGGUGCCGCUAUAGUGGCAAGAAAACAAAUUGCUGGUAAUUCUGUUAGUGCUGCUAAAAGAAGACAAAUGAAAAGAUUAUCGUCGUAUGAAUCUUUUACUAGACCAAAAGCUAGUGGAAACAAUAAAGCUAAACAGCAACAAUUACAAGCUAGAAGAGCUAGACAACAAAGAAUCAUUCGACAAGCAAAUCAGCAAACACAACAGCAACCACAACAACAAUUGCCUUUCAACCAGUACCUACAACCAUCCAACCGUAAUUCAGUGGCAACUUCAUUUUCUAAUGCAUCCAAUAUAUUACCGAUUGCCUAUAUUCCUGGGGUUACUGUGCGACCCACCAAGAACAAUACAAGGUCUAUUUACUCUUAUGAUACCGAUUCGUUGUUCUCUGACUUGAAUACGAUCGAGAAUGCUUCUAUUAUUGGUGAUGUUGUUUUGGCUAAUCAAAAUACUGCGACUGCUGAAAUGUACAACCCCAGUCCGGAACUGAGUGUUCGUUCAGAAAACCAGCAAUCACAACAACGCAAUUAUACAAACGGGCCAGGCACGAUGACAGCUAUUAAGGCACAGCCACGAUUAGUGAAUGUUGAUAAAAUUGAAGAAGAAGAUGAGGACGAAGAAGAUUCUGAAGAAGACUACGAUGAGGGUAGAGCCAUACCCGAAGAGAGUGAAGAAGAUUCUGAUGUUGAUUCAGAUAUCGGGGAGAUUACACGUGCCACUUCACUCAAAAGACAACAACCGGGCCCUCAGGCUUCCAACAAUAUUGAUGGUGACAAGCAGAUAGACAUAGCUCCAGGAGACAGUACUGAAAAUGGUAUUCCAUUGGAUUACAUCAAUUUUGAUAAUGGUAAAGAUGUGGGAUCAACUAUAAAUAGUGCCACUGGUUCAUUUUUAUUGAAUGUAGAAUUCGAUCAUAGUCCAUUAACGACACCAGUGAAGACGCAUUAUACUGAUAAUUCUAAUGAUAGAGGAAGCCCUUUUGCUGAUCCUGACAAAUAA